AUGCCGCUGUUUACGGAGGGUGUUGUUGCACUUCGUGAGGAGCAGCUCGCUAUAGGAGUAACGUCUGUCUCCACCGUUAGACAUAGCCUAGGAGCCCAGAAUAUGGAGCACACAGACGAAUCAGGGAAUAUCAAAGUUGCCAUGACCAUCAAGCACUUCUUCUACGGCGACAUUCGUGGCGGUGUGAAUGCUGCUAGUAUAUACGGCGUGAUCAACCACAUCUACAAUGACAAGCUGCGUCCAUAUAUCCGUGCGCUGGAAGCUGAACCUGCCGCUGUCAUGGUGUCUUAUGCGUCGGUAGAUCUAGUACCCAUGUCCGCGAAUCUGUAUCUCGUGAGGGAUAUCUUGCGACGGAAGCUUGGCUUUGAUGGUGUUAUUUUGUCUGAUGCCAAAUCGAUUGCGCAUCUGUGUACUGAGACUAAGGUGGCGAGUUCGUACGCUGAGGCUACGCUGUUGGCCCUUAAGGCUAGGUUGCAGAUGGAGUUGAGCCCAGGGUUGCCAGCUGUGUUUCCUAAUCUUGUUCUUGCGGCGGCCGAUACCCACAUGUUAAUCAUCGUCCUACUCAAGAAUGACGGCAUUCUACGGAAAGCACACACCAAAGUGGCCUUCUUAGGUCCCUUCGCCGACAUCCGCAACCAUGGCUCCUAUGCGCCGGCUAACUCCAUUGGCCCCAAGUACGGCAACUCGCUCUACCAAAGUCUGCAAGCCCAGCUCGGCGCCGGCAACGCAGACGUCGCCCAUGCGCUAAAAAAAGCCGGCUUUGCAGUCCUAGUCCUUGGCUCGCUAUCCAUAGGGCUAACAGACCCCCUGGCAACCAAACGCACUGAAGGGGAAUUCUUCACUCACGCAGACAUGGACUUCCCAGGGACUCAACAGCAAUUCCUGGACGCCGUGCUAGACGUCCCCAUCCCAACUGUCCUGAUCCUCUCCGGCUGCCAGCCCUUUGUGCUCAAUAACUCAACCCUUUGCAAUAAUGCCAUUCUCCACUUUUUCCUCGGUGGUGAAUUCACCGGCGAUGCCCUGGCCUAG